AUGCAUACGUCUAUGCCUCGUUACGACCAGGACCGACUGGGCAUCAUCUUCCGUGCCUCGCCCCGGCAGGCAGAUGUUAUGAUCGUGGCAGGUACAGUCGUUAAUAAAAUGGCACCGGCUUUAAGGCAACUAUACGACCAGAUGCCUGAGCCUCGGUGGGUGAUCAGUAUGGGCAGUUGCGCCAACGGAGGAGGAUAUUACCACUACAGCUACAGUGUUGUACGAGGCGUGGACCGCAUUGUGCCCGUCGAUAUCUAUGUGCCGGGAUGUCCACCAACGGCAGAGGCUCUUUUGCAGGGGAUUUUCCUCCUCAAAAAGAAAAUGCGGAGGACGCAAGUCACUAGGAUGUGGUAUAGGCGCUGA